AUGGCGACGGCGGCGAACGGAUCGCAUCCGCAGGCGGCGAUGCGAGACGAAGAGAUGCAGACGAGUGAUGAUGCAGUGAUUCAGUCGGAUCCAUCGACGAUGACGAACGGUAAGAUCGCAAACUCGGGUCCGCCGUCUCCCACGGAGCGUGAGGUGGCGCCCGCUUCGCGAGUCAGCGCGGAGGAGCAAGCGGUGGAGGAUUUGGUCGACGAGGAAGAGACGGAGACGACUAAAUUCGUGGAGUGGGAUCCGACGGGUCGCUUUGGACGCACCACGGAACUUCUCGGAAGAGGGACGUACAAGAAUGUGUACAAGGCUUUCGACGAAGAGGAAGGAAUGGACGUCGCGUGGAAUCAAGUCAAAGUUCACGGCUUACCGGCUGCUGAAAAGCAGCGCUUGCUGGGCGAGGUUGAAAUUUUGAAGAGACUUGAUCAUAAAAACGUCUUGAAGUUCUAUCACUCGUGGAACACCGUCAAUGAGAAGACGGGCGAAGUGAGCGUGAACUUUAUCACCGAGGCGUGCGCCGGGACGUUGAACAAGUACGCAGCAAGGUUCAAAAACAACUUGGAUAUGCGCGCUGUGAAGAGUUGGGCGCGUCAAAUUUUGCGCGGUCUGGAGUACUUGCACUCUCACGAGCCACCGAUAGUCCAUCGCGACCUUAAGUGUGACAAUAUCUUUGUCAACGGCAACGCCGGUGAGAUCAAGAUUGGCGAUUUGGGCCUUGCAGCCAUGUUGGAUCAUCAGCGCACACACAGCGUUAUCGGCACGCCUGAGUUCAUGGCGCCCGAGUUAUACGAAGAAGACUACGACGAACGCGUGGACAUUUACUCGUUCGGAAUGUGCCUCAUGGAGCUCGUCACUUUUGAGUGUCCCUACAAUGAGUGCAAAAAUCCGGCUCAAAUUUACAAGCGCGUGUCUAGCGGUGUCCUGCCGGCGGCGAUGGAAAAGGUCAAGGAGAAAGGCGAUGACAUUUACGAAUUCAUUUCCCUCGCAAUCGCUCCUGCCGAUGAGCGGCCGUCAGCGGCGCAGCUUCUGGAGCACGCGUGGUUGAAGAAGAAGGAGAAGAAAACCAUGGUGCCGCGUCAAGUGGUCGAGGAAGAACCCGAGGUACCGAGACCGAUUGUGCAUGAAGUUGAUGAGGAAGAACCAACUGUGCAUGCGAGCGUCGACGAUCUUCGUCGGGUGCCGCGUGUGCCUUCGGAAUCAGAAACCGAAUUCGCGAGAGAGCACAAGCGAGGCGCUUCUCUAGACGUGAGAGUCAAGGGCACAUUUUUGGAGGAUGACUCGCUUCGACUGCGGCUGAGAAUUGCCGAUGACGCCGGUCAGAACCGAACUGUGGAGUUCCCUUUCAAUACUGGGAUAGAUAACUCCCGUUCGGUGGCAGCAGAGAUGGUGCAAGAACUCGGAUUGGACAAUUCCGCCAUUGACACAAUCGAGAGAGAGAUUGAGAAAGAAGUCAAGUAUCUGUGGGAAGAGCGGCGGGGUUACUGCGAGCGCGAUACGAGCCACGAUCCGAUCAGAUGGGACAGCGUCGAUGGUAGCGGUGCGUCCAGUCCUGAAGAGAAAACUGCGCGACAAGAAGUCAUCAGAGCGGUUGCCGCUGAAGGAAUGAAGCCGUCGGCAUCAAACGAGUCGCUCUCUGAACGAGUCUUAGUGGACGACCACGCGCUUCCGUCUCAAAUCUCUCCGAUCGCAACGAUGAUAGCGCGCGAGGAGCUCGCACGAGAUCUUGUGCGACCAAAAAGUGCUCUCGAUGCUUUUAUUUCGAAGCAAGAUGCCCCUGCUGCGCGCUUGAGCAGAGCAGGUUCGGGCGACGUUUCGCCGACGCGGCCUUCACCCAUGCAGUCUCCUUCUCAGCCCACGCCCGCCCCGUCGGCGGCGGAAAUGUCGAGGACGCUAGAGCAACUUGAAGCGGCGAAGCCACCGCGAGCACCGGUCUCGAAUGCUCAGCCGAUGCACUCUGAGAUUCUGGCGACCGAACUGCGACACUUGGCGUUGCAGGACGAAAUGUCAGAAAGUGCUCAUUACGGAGAUAAGAGUUCUGAUGCCGGUUCGUUUGUGAAUGAGGAAGAAAUGGAAGAAAUGGAAGAACUCCGCAUGUUAGAAGAGCUUGAACAGCAACAGCAAAUAGAGGAGGCUGAAAUGAGGCAACGACACAAGAGUGAGCGUCAACAAACGCUGCGCUCGCUGCACACCAAACGCCUUGAGCGAACAGCGAGCCGUAUGGCAUUACUCAACAACUCCGAGAAUGGAUCUGAAUCCGGCCGCGCGGAAGAGCAGACUGGCCGCGAAGUCCCUGUCGCACCACCGGCCGCACCAACGCUGGCCCAGACGCAUCCGACGACGAGAUUGAGUCAGACGAACUUGCAGAUCUCAAGUCACACAGGCUUGCCUCCGCAGCACCCGCAUCCGCCGCCACAGGCUGCAGCUCAGCCCGUUCACCUGCCGCCGGCUCAGCAGUCGUCUCAGCAACAUCAUGCUGCACAAGUUCAGCAACCUGUUAACGCAACGACGAAUGCGGUUGAACAAGUGCAAGCUGCUGCUGUGCCCACUCCCCCGGCGCAAGUGGCUCAACUGCAAUCAGAGGCUGGAACGCUCAGCAGAACGACAUCACAGGGCUCUAUGCCAAGUGAACCAAGUGAUCCAAAGAUGACUGGCGAAUCGGAACUCACUGAGGAGGAGAGAUGUAAGCUAGAGAAGGAAAAGAAACGCAAGGAAGCCUUGGCAAAGAUGCAGAUGAUGGAAGAGAGUUCCUUGCUGUCGCUCGACAGUAAGACCAAGGGGGCAAAAGGUUCGGCCAUGAGUCUAAGCGCUGCCUUGAAGAAGGACUCCUCCGACGAGCUUCAGCUUCAAGCAGAAGUGCAAUAG